UGGGCUCCCCUUGUUGCUGCUCAGCAUUCGCCGAUGGAGGUCGUAAGAGUGUUUUCCGAGUCUGGCUUCGAAAUGACCGUUACCGACGACAAGGGAUCGACUGCGCUGCAUCUCGCCGCUCGCCAUGGGCGGAAAGAUACUGUGGAGUAUCUUCUGAGCAUCGGCUUUCCCGCCGACGUCCUUGAUUCUGCCCAGCAGACGCCCCUGUAUGACGCGAUCAUCAAUUGCAACGAGGAUGUGGUUGCCGCUCUCUUGGUCAACAAAGCAAGCGUCAACAUCACAGACGAUGAUGGAGACACGCCAAUGCAUGUG